GUGGACGAGAAAACGUCCGCGUUGGUCGGAGCUGCGGAUUUUAUGUAAAACGCUUCGGACGUUUAUUUUAUUUCGAGGAAAGCUCCUGUCGCAGCAGAGAGAUGUGCAGUUUCGAUAAGGAAAAGGGGCCAGGGAGGCUCAUGAAAAAGGGGUUAAUGCUCAUCCUGAUUGGCCACAUCAACUUCAUCCUCGGAGCUAUUGUCCAUGGCAGCGUGCUCCGCCACAUUUCCAACCCCACCCAUCACAUUAGCACUGAAUACACUGUAACUAACAUCAUCUCUGUCACCUCUGGCCUGCUGAGCAUUGCUUCUGGAAUUAUUGCCAUCGUGGUAUCAAGGAACCUUCGUGAAAUCAAACUGCAAAUUGGACUUUUGAUCGCAUCAUUCCUGAACGCCUUCCUCUCCGCAGCGUGCUGCGUUGGGCUCCUCGUGGCCAUUAGUAUCACCGUUGCACACAGUGGAGAGGGUUUGAUGUCAGGAUGCAAUGACACGGUGGUGCCGAUCGAUGCUCGCUCACCUAUCAGUGCCCAGUGCCCGUUUGAUACAACACGAAUCUAUGAUACAACCUUGGCUCUGUGGAUCCCGUGUGCUUUGCUGUCGGCAGCUGAGUCUGGACUGUCAGUGUGGUGCUUCAUUGUGGGACUGACUCUCAGAGGGCUGGCGCCCUGUGUCAACAGCUACAUCAAAGAGCAGUUAGAGGAAGAGGGAUUUCCCCACAACCGGCGCCUGAUUGAGGACCACUUAAAUCCUGAAGCAUGAAGCCCAAGCAGCAAGCACAUUGAAACACACAAAAAUCCCAAAGAACGUUUUUAUAUACGAAAGCAGACUGACAUAUUUUCCUACAAGAAGUUAUGUGUUGCUGUAGUAAUAUCCCAGUAUAAGUAUGGAGUCAGUCCAUCAAAGUGAUUCUUUCUUACUCUUAUUAUUCUCCUCCGUCCACGUUCUGAACCACUCCAUGGCAUCCUAGGUCCACAGACCAUGCUCAUGUAAAUGUAAUGUAUGCAAACGUGUCUUAUAAGUUGCACAAUACUGUGAUUGUGCUAUAUAAUCCACGACUCAUUAAUUUAUGUUCAUA